AAAUUCAUCUUUCAGUACAACCGCCAUCACACUUAGCAAACAUGACGCAUCCUCCCACGGAAGAAUGGGCUCCUAGGUGCUUCGCAGCGCCCCCAACUGUACAGAAUGGGCUGACGCUAGCCGAGGUCAACGAGGAACUUGAGAAACUUGGCAAGCUAUGCAACGAAGUAUAUGGCGGCCCCAUCGCUUCCAAGAAUGACUCCGUCGCGAAUCCAUCCUCCGGUUCCAAACCCAACAAGGUGACCAAGCCGAAGGCCAAAAAAGCAAAGUUCACCAUCGAAGAAGUCGUUGCUCGGCUCACGCAAGCCGCACAACAUGACGCAGAGGCUCGGAAGAUCCUGGAAAAGAUUUGGCAUGGGCCUUGAUCUAAUUCCGGUGUCAACAUGGCGCUCGAUGUCCAUAAUAAGAGGACUGUAGGGCCAUUAUCAUAGACUACAGCAGAUAUAACGAAACAUAGAAUGGCGUCAACCUUAUCAACAUGUGAGAGCUCCGUUGGUGGGGUGGGAUCACGGGGUGAUAUACACUACCGCCACUGACGCCAUCAUAAAUUGAGACGUUCGACGGGUAGAAAUCGGUUGGCAAUCCAAGUGAAAUACCCAAGC